AUGCGCCCGCUUUCCUUGAAGGGUCACGAUCGUGCCCUCACGCGUGUCCGUUUCAAUCGUGAAGGCGAUCUACUUUUCUCCGCCGCCAAGAACAAGGAGCCCUGCGUUUGGUACACCGUCAAUGGCGAGCGGAUAGGAACCUACGCCGGACACAAUGGUGUCGUCUGGGAUCUCGAUGUCACCUGGGACACCAAGCAUAUGGCCACCGCUUCCGGAGACAAUUCUGUCCGUUUGUGGGACACGGAAACCGGGGCGUGCCUCAACACCAUCUCAAUGCAGACCCCGGCUCGAUCGAUCAGCAUUUCGUACUCCGGAAAUCUGGUCGCCUACACCACGAUGAAGAUGACCAAGAACCAAGCCUCGCUGUGCGUCGUUGAUAUUCGUGACCCCGAACAGAUGCUGCCGGAGAACAACACACAUUUGUUCCGCACAACGUUCGACCAGCCCGUGAACACCAGCAUCUUCUCCUCCAUGGACGACAAGAUUACUGUUGGCAGCGAGGGAGGACUUCUCCUUGCCUACGAUGUCAGGAGUCCCGAAGACUUUUAUGCCAGCAAUGAGAAGUCGCAUAAGUACGCCAUCAACGACCUACAACUUUCCCCCUGCGGAGCUUUCAUCAUCUCCGCCUCUAAGGACAAGACGGCCGCGCUUUUGGACGUCAAUACCCUGGAUCAGUUGAAGACGUACAGAUCGGAACGACCGGUGAACUCUGCCUGUAUCUCCCCGAUCCGUGACCACGUCUGCCUUGGAGGAGGAGAGGACGCCAUGCAGGUCACCCAAACCGCCGUCUCGGCCGGUCAUUUCGAGGCCAAGCUCUACCACUUGGUAUUCGAGGAGGAAUUUGCCCGCUUCAAGGGCCAUUUCGGUCCCAUCAACACGAUGGCUUUCCACCCGAACGGCAUCCAGAUUGCGACUGGCGGAGAAGAUGGUUAUGUGCGCGUCCAAGAAUUUGACGACGAUUACCUCGAAUUCAAAUACGAUUUU